AUGGCUUCAGGUUACGGUGUCAAAGGCGGUCCCUCCCGCUGCUUUCCCUUCUGGCAGGAAGUCCUCGGUUGCUACGUUGUGAAUUCCGGAGACGGUGACGAGGGGAAGAAGAAGUGCGGGGCUGCUCUGGAAGACUACUACGAGUGCCUGCACCACCGGAAAGAAGCUCUACGGACGAUGAAGCUGCAAGCUGCAUAUCGAAAGGCCGAAGCGGCACACCCUCGUGAACUGGAACCCAAGCCGGAGCAGAUUCGGAGUUUGGGCUUAUUAUCCAAAGAAGCCGAAGCGGCUGCGCAAUAA